GCAGAGAGCUCUGACCACCAGGACGAGGUCCGGGGAAGGAGGCGAAGAGCGGCCGCUGCUCCUCUGCUGGGAGAUGGACACACACGGGACCGCGCUCACUUCUCUCACCGAGUUGAGCAGCUCUGCCUCCCGCGGCUUGUGACUCUCCGGGCUCCGCAGAGGUGAUCGGCGCGCUCCGGUGGCCGGGACAGGACGGUACGGACGCCGUGCAGGCUGCAGCAGGCUGUGUGCGGCGCCUUGCAGAGAAACCUCCCCCUCCCCUGGAGAAUAAAGCAUCUGGUCGCUCAGACUGAAAGAAAGGAGACCAGGACAGAAACAGCAGCUCCAGCGCGGAAUUAUUGCCAGACUCACCAAGGCUCUACAGCGACAUGGGAUUUGCACCGACAGCCCAGACUUGUUGGGUUGACUCAGUUGGCUUCAACUCUCCUCUGUUGUAGAAAAGACGCCUCAGUCACCUUGUAAGAUGUUUCCUCACCACAGAGAAAGGGAGCAGCCGAUCUUCAGCGCCCGGGCCCAUGUUUUCCAGAUCGACCCCACCACCAAGAGGAACUGGAUCCCCGCCAGCAAACAUGCUGUCACCGUGUCCUUCUUCUACGAUGCCAACCGUAACGUCUACCGCAUCAUCAGCGUGGGCGGGACCAAGGCAAUCAUCAACUGCACCGUUACACCCAGCAUGACAUUUACCAAGACAUCCCAGAAGUUUGGACAGUGGGCAGACAGCAGGGCCAACACUGUGUAUGGCCUCGGGUUUGCUACAGAGCAGCAGCUGCAUCAGUUCUCAGAUAAGUUUAAGGAGGUGAAAGAUGCAGCUCGUCUGGCACGAGAAAAGUCGCAGGACAAAGAACUGGCCAACACGGCGCUCACCAUCGCUGCUCCUCAGUUCUCACAGGACCUCUCGGAUGAACUCCAGUCUCCACCGGUGAUGUGCGUGAACGGGCCCGAGGACAAGCUGUUCCGCAGCCAGAGCGCAGACAUCACCCUGUCGUCUGAGAAGGAACGCAUUAAGAAGAUGCUGUCUGAGGGGUCUAUUUGUGAGAUGAACCUGGAGGCCGAGCUCUUCACUCUGCAGGACAGCAACUCCAAGCUGGUGGCAGCUUUGCAUGAAGCGAACGCUAACGUGGAGCAGUGGAAGAAGCAGCUGGCAGCGUAUCAGGAGGAGACGGAGCGACUGCGAGACCAGGUGGCUGAAUUAGAGGCCCAUGGAGGCCAAGGCCCCAGUGACAUGCUGAAGGAUGAGCUGACUCAGUCCCUGGAGGAGCUGGAGGCCCUGCUGAAGGCCAAAGAUGAGGAAAUCCACAUUUUGCAAAGCAAGAAAGCGGAGUACCACGAGAUGGAACACGAGAGGGACGAGGCGAUCCACAGAUUACGGGAGACGGAGAUGCGUAAUUCAGACUUGGAGCGUCGCAUCCAGAACUCAGAGCAGAACCUGAAUAACUCUCUGGAGGAACGGGAUCGCAUGGACUCUGAAAUCCAGAGGGCCAUCGAAAUUCUGGACAUCAAGAUCUUUGACCUUAAUGACCUCCGCCAGAGCUUGGUUAAACUCAUCGACAAGUAAGAGGGGAAAAAUGGGGGACGUCCAACCCAAGAAGAGAGAUGGAACAGGUGACAGGGUUAAAUGUUGUUGUAGCCGACGCAACGGGGGAGUAAACAGAGCAAAGAUGGAGCUGGUCCCAUGUCCUCCUCAAGCACAAGCACCACCUCGGCUGCCGGAAGGUUCCUCCAUGUGUGUGUUGCGGCAGAGGCUGUGCUAUACUCAACAACAUGCUGUCGGUGUUGGCCUAAGCAGCAGCAUAUACAUGGUUUUGCUUGUCCAAUCUAAUGUAACGCUUCAUGUUGCUUUCAAGGGUAACGUUCAAUGCAAUAAACCGACUUUAAGGUAAGUGCUUCACAACGCUAGACAUUUAAUAUUGAGAAGUGGUGCUUGUAGUUUUUAAGUAUGACUUUUGUACACAAAACAGCCAUGCAGUGUCAACAUGAAUGAGAGGCCUUGUUUUUUUUUUUGUUUGUUUCAAAUGACAGGUGAUAUUUAAACAUCUUUACAACAAAAUGAGUCCAUGCAACUAGAGAAAGUGGAAAGUGAAUGCAAAUAAAAAAAAUCCAUUUAAGAGAUUUGCCUAUUUAACAGCCUGCAUACAACAUCAUAUUACUGAAUUAACAGUUAACAGAGUUUGAUUUACAGAGUUAAACUUGUGUAUGGUCUCGUAGUUACAUAACAUAGCUAUAAUGUAGGAAGUGAAGGCCAGAGCGGCUCUAGUUGGUGUUUUUCUACAGGAAAAAACAAUGCUGUGCACUCAAAAUCAGUAAAUAGUACACUAAUAGUGGUUUAUACUUGGGUAAGGCAUGGAUACACAACUUAAACAUUAGAUCUGAAUAUUGACACCAAAGAUCAAAAGUUAGGAGCAGAGUCAUUGAUAAGGUCCGUCAGCAGCUCGUCUAUUGUCACAUCUUCUCUUAAGCUUGUGAGAAACCUUUAAAUCUAAGAUAAAAAGUACAUUUUAGUGGAUAAGAUACAUGCAGUAAUUACAUUUAGGAUGAAUAAGUAUUUUCCACACGAUAAUAAUGCUACCGUUAUUAAGUGAACACAAGGAAUAAGGGUCAUCACGUAGUAACAGAUUACAGAUAAGGUGAAGUGAUGUUUGGACUGGUCCAGUCUGAAUAGUCGUCCUGUGCAUCAUCUCUUAACAAACUGCUGACUUAGUAACUUAUUUAUGAUAGACGCAUUCAAGGAAAUCUAAGAGACUUUUUCUGCCUUCUGCCAUUUUUCAGCACGUUACCUUUAGCCGUGGACAAUAUGCCAUACGCCUUCAGUCUUUUAUCAAACAGACUGUACUGUUUAACAUAGUGCUAUGUUUCUAUUAUUUUUUCAAGCCUUAUUGUUCUAUUCUAAGGGUGUUUGUUGAUAGACACACCAGCUUCAUGUCUCAGACUUUGAGCUGUCGUGGUGGCGGUUUGGAAAUAAAAGCAAAGA